AUGGAAACCAUACUAGGUCUUUCGAUCUUGGUAAAUUUGCUCUGUUUUAGUUUUGUGAAGAGUCAAAACUAUAACGUACUCGAUUUUGGUGCCAAAGGAGAUGGUCAAACUGAUGAUUCAUACGCAUUUGCGAAAAUGUGGAACGCUACAUGUGGCGGAGAAGAAAGCAUAGGAAAACUUGUUAUUCCUGCUGGCAAAACAUUUCUACUUCAACCUCGUGUGUUCCAAGGUCCAUGUAGAUCAAGCUCUAUACACAUUCAGUUUGAUGGCGUCAUUGUCGCACCUAGCAACAAAGAAGCAUGGUCCAUCCCCAAAAGCCAAAUGUGGAUCGGUUUUUCAGAUGUAACUGGCCUCGCGAUCGUUGGUUCUGGAACGAUUAAUGGACGUGGCUCUUCCUUUUGGGAGCAAAAAGUUAAAGUUUCUGAACGGGCUACAGCACUACAUUUUAGCAGAUGUGAUAAUCUUACGAUAAACGGAAUAACUUUGAUAGAUAGUCCGAAAAGUCAUAUAUCAAUCCAAGUAUCCAAAACUGUUGCAAUAUCGAAAAUAAAUAUUUCUUCACCCGAGUCAAGUCCCAACACAGAUGGGAUUAAUGUACAUGGCUCCACUGAUGUCAACAUAUUUGAUUCUACAAUUCAAAGUGGGGAUGAUUGUAUAGCAAUCAGUACAGGAAGUGUAAAUAUUAACAUCACAAGGAUUAAUUGUGGACCUGGUCAUGGAAUAAGUGUGGGAAGUCUAGGAGAAGAUGGGGAAAAAGCUGAAGUUAGUGGCGUUCAAGUAACUCACUGCACUUUUAAUAGAACAAUGAAUGGAGCUAGAAUCAAAACAUGGCCGGGUGGAGAAGGAUAUGCAAGAGACAUCAGUUUUGAGGACAUCACGCUUAUUGACGCCAAGAAUCCAAUUAUAAUCGACCAAAACUAUAUAGAUAAAGGACGCCAUGGCCAAACGGAUUCAGCAGUGAUGAUUAGCAACAUAACAUUUGUUGGUUUUCGCGGAACUUCGUUGACUAAAGAUGCUAUGACGCUUGAUUGUAGUCCCAUCACACAUUGUAAAGACGUCGUUAUGGAUGGAAUCAAUAUUACCAUGGCGGGUGGAGAAAAACCAACAGUUAAUUGCCAAUAUGUUGAUGGAGAGUCCAGCGAUAUCAAUUUGAUGCAUGACUGCUUUAAAGGAAACACAACUGCUUAG